AUGUUAUUCUUGGAUUUGGCUCGAGAGGGCAUUUGGGUGGAAAGCAUCCUCACAGAGAGUAGAGAUAGAGACUUGGGUAGAGAGAGGGAGAGGAGGAGGGAGAGGCAGCAAGAAAGAGAUUCUAGAAGGAGAAGGAGAAGAAGUGAGAUAGAGCGCCCGGGGGGAUGCGAUUCUAUGAUGUUGGGAAGGUUAAGAAGAAGAUUGGGGUGUGAGGUAAGGAAACACGAGAGAGGAGAAAGACAAAAAUACAGGGGUGGAUAUGUGAAUAGGAAUCCUGCCAGCGGAUAUAGACCCAGAAGACGAAGACAAGUUCUACGCCCUCGGAGAGCCAGAGAUGAUCGAGGAGAAAAUGAAAUUCUAAAUCCAAAGACGAUUCGGAAGUUGUGGAGCGGUAUUUCCCAGUCCUGUGCGAAGCCUUGA